AUGGAUGAGUUAUAUGACCAUGAGACGAUCAAGUACGAAACAUUUGCAGGGUUACUUGAAUCAUACAAAGAGCUCGUUCCAAGCAAGCUUGAAGAACUAGAACAGCAGCGACUCGAGAUCAUUCCCAAAGCACUAUCGGAAAGGGCCGACGACGCACACCUGAACAAGGCCGAAGUGCAGAGACUGGUAGAUUGGAAACUCGGCCAUGGCACUUUCAGACCCUCUCUGCGCAAGCUCGUCGAAUCAAACACGGACGAGACAGUGGAGCAAUGCACACGACAAGCGUUCGAGACCUACGACAAGGACGGCGAUCAGUGGGACAAGGUGGUGGUCACGCUGGCCAAGGGGCUUCGUGGCGUAGGGCCCGCGACAGCCUCGCUCUUGCUCAACACGUACGACAGCGAGAAAGUGCCGUUCUUCUCGGACGAACUCUUCCGUUGGGUCAUGUUCUCCGAGGGCAAGGGCAACGGAUGGGACAGGAAGAUCAAGUAUUCGGCAAAGGAAUACCAAGAGCUGUACUCGCGGGUGGAGUUGUUACGAGAGAAAUUGGGCAAAGAGAGCGAAAAGACGAUCACGUCAGUUCAGGUGGAAAUGGUAGCGUACGUACUAGGACGAAGACAGAUCGGAGCAGCGAAGAGAAAGGGAAUCGAUGGAGAAGAGAAAGAAGGAGUUGACAAUGGGGCAGGAGAAGAUAGGACCAGAAAGAAGCGAAGAAGAGUGUAA